UUUAAUUCGGGGAUUAUACAUUCAAAUAACGAAUUUGAUUUCACUACGGAAAGCAGCCAAGUAAAAAACAUUACCUAUUCAAUUAUCAAGGACAACGAAGAAAAGUGCUACGCAUAUUGUUUUAACAUUGUACAACCAGUCUUAGAACAUACAGUUCAUAUACAAGUGAAGGACAAACAAAUUAAGAAACAAGCUAUUACUAUAAAAGAGUAUGAGAAACAGAUAGCGGAUCUCAAAAUAAAGGUGGCAAUAUUCGAAGAGACUAUCAAAAAUAAAGAUCAACAGAUUGUAAUUUGUGAUAAAUCUAAAAAUGAAAGUCUUGAGAAAAGUAACAUUAUUGCAGACAAGGACGAACUUCUCUCGAGUAAAAACGAGAAAAUAAUUGAAUAUAAAAUAAAACUCGGGAAUUGUCAGCCCCAAAUUGUAUUGGUAAAUUAACUGAUAUUUAUGAGAUAAAAGUGCCUGGAAUCGAUGCAUUUUCUGUGCCAUGUGACUCGCGUUUAGCUGGCUCUGGAUGGACUGUGAUUCAAAGACGUAUGGAUGGAUCUGUAGAUUUUAAUCGCAAUUGGACAGAUUAUCGCCAAGGAUUUGGUGAUCUGCGUGGAGAAUUUUUCAUUGGACUCGAUAAACUGCAUCUAAUAACUAAAUCGCAAACGCACGAGUUGUACAUUUACCUUAAAGACUUUGACGACUAGGAGCGAUAUGCCCGAUAUGAUAAUUUUUACAUAGGUGACGAGGACGAGUUUUAUAAAAUUAAAUCCAUUAGCAGUUACUCUGGUAAUGCUGGCGAUGCCCUGAACUUUCACAAAAACGCGAAAUUCUCGACAUCAGAUCGGGAUAACGACGACGAUUCAAGACAUUGUGGGCAAACGUUCAAGUCUGGUUGGUGGUUUUUUCACUGUUACAUGUGCAAUUUGAAUGGUUUAUAUAGCAAUUCACCGAAAGUAGAUUCUGGUGUUGAAUGGAGACAAUGGCAUUAUAAUUCUCUUAAAUUUGUACAAAUGAUGAUUAGGCCGAAAUAAAAGAAAAUUAAUAGACUAAAACGAAAAUUGCUAA